CUCAGCAGCAGUGGUAGUCGAGAAAGACAGGCUAGCGGUAUCCUCUCUCUCUCUCUCCCUCUCUUUCUCUCCCUCCCCCUCUUUUUCAUCUUUCCUUUCCCUUCACGCACAGGCACGCACGCAUACACACACGCGCACUCCGUCACACUGCAGCAGAAGGGAGAGGACGCACCGUGAAGCUGUGAGGCAGUGUUGGCUGAGCGUCAGGACGUGAGCAUGUGUGCAUGUGACGGGCUGCGUUUCUCCAGCUGACUGAACGUGGGUUUUUUAAUCGCAUCCAUACUCUUCGCAUCACUUGCCGCUUCAUUCUGACAAAGGCGGACUGUAUCCCAGGAUGCCGUGCGGCAGGCCACUCUGCUAGGCCGCAGAAGCAUGGGCAAAGCACCGGGGGGGUGGGACAGCACGGAUUGGACGGCUCAGCUCCGGACGGGCGCGCUUACGCACUCCGCCGCUUCCGAUGGGUGAGGACGGCGAGAGCACCAAAAUCAAUCACAGCUUCCUCCGAGACUAUGUCACUGAAGCUGAUGUCAUUUCUACAGUGGAGUUUAACCAGACGGGGGAUCUGCUGGCCACUGGGGAUAAGGGGGGGAGAGUGGUCAUCUUCCAGAGAGAGACAGAGUCUAAAGGUGAAUCUGAAGAGCUGGGAGAAUCGGGUGAGUAUAAUGUCUACAGCACGUUCCAGAGUCAUGAACCGGACUUUGACUAUCUGAAGAGUUUGGAAAUCGAGGAGAAGAUCAAUAAGAUCCGCUGGCUGCCACAGCAAAACGCUGCUCACUUUCUCCUCUCCACUAACGAUAAAACGAUAAAGCUAUGGAAGGUGAGCGAGAGAGACAAGCGGCCAGAGGGCUACAAUCUGAAGGAUGAAGAAGGGCGAAUAAAGGACAUCUCCACCGUGACCUCAUUACGGGUGCCAGUCCUAAAGCCCACUGACCUGAUGGUUGAAGUGCGACCGAGGAGAGUCUUUGCUAAUGGCCACACUUACCACGUCAACUCCAUCUCCGUCAACAGCGAUGGAGAGACGUAUCUGUCAGCCGAUGAUCUCCGGAUCAACAUGUGGCACCUGGACAUCACAGACCGAAGCUUCAACAUUGUGGACAUUAAGCCAGCCAAUAUGGAGGACCUGACGGAGGUGAUAACAGCUGCAGAGUUCCACCCACAGCACUGCCAUCUGUUUGUGUACAGCAGCAGUAAAGGAACACUACGCCUCUGUGACAUGAGAGAGUCGGCACUCUGCGACAGACACUCCAAAAUCUUUGAGGAGCCAGAGGACCCAGGCAAUCGUUCCUUUUUCUCUGAGAUCAUAUCAUCAGUUUCUGAUGUUAAGUUCAGCCAUAGUGGACGAUAUUUGCUCACCAGAGACUAUCUGACUGUCAAAGUCUGGGACCUCCACAUGGAAAAGGGCCCAGUGGAGACAUACCAGGUUCAUGAAUAUCUAAGAAGCAGACUUUGCUCUUUGUAUGAAAACGACUGCAUCUUCGACAAGUUUGAGUGUGUCUGGAACAGCACUGACAGUGUGAUCAUGACAGGAGCGUAUAACAGCUUUUUUCGGAUGUUUGACCGCGAGACGGGUCGUGGUGUGACCCUGGAGGCCUGGCGUGAGAGCAGUAAACCGCGUGCAGUGCUGCGAACUCGCCGCGUUUACACCGGGGGUCGGCGGCGACGAGGGGACGUGGGCGUAGACAGUCUGGACUUCACCAAAAAGAUUCUGCACAUGGCUUGGCACCCGGCUGAAAACAUCAUCGCCAUCGCCGCCACCAACAACCUCUAUAUCUUUCAGGACAGGGUCAAACCAGAAAACCAGUGUGAAGAGACAUAAAAGGGGCCGCAGUUAUGCUCUUCACAGGGCCACACAUGCAUUCAAAUCAUAUCAGAUUUAUCCUUUAAAACACAUACAUUUUUGGUCCUGCGGAAGCACGGCUUACUCAAAAGUAGACUGAUGGAGUUUGCCGAUCCAGAAGAGCAGUUAUGUAUAGCUAAUGACUUGAUCUGAUAACACUUUGGUUAAUCACACCGCCAAGAAUGUUGCCAAUGAGCUGUGGUACGUGGAAUUUAUGACUGACAUCAUGAUCAGCCAAUCCUGGACUCCUUUGAUGUGUGGAUGGAUGUCGAUGACCAUUUCCUGAUUGGCUGCACCAAUCUGUGAUUGGUGUUCGAUUUGGGCUUUUGGUCUAGGAAUGAGACUCCUCUGCGUCAUGAUAACAAGAGUGCUCUGAGCAGUCUUCCUAUCACGUGCUUCCCGAAAAAUCCAAUCCCACAAUGCAUCUGCUUUACGAGCACUCAUUUUGCUUCACAUCGACCAUUUGUGAAUGCCUAUACGACCGAAUCACUAUAUCUCGCACUUGGAGGAGGAAUAAAUUCCAGUACUUGUCUCAAAUGUAUGCGAAAAAACCUGAAGGAUUGAUCCACUUCUUCAUCUGAACACUGUCUUAACCAGGUUACACCUCACGAUGGGUUACAUUCACACCUGUAUGGUAGGAAAGGUAUUGGUCAGUCUCAAAAAAAAAAAAAAA